GAAAUGAAAGGUACGAGCUGGCGCACUGUGCACGCGCACACCCUUCCAAGCGGCGUAGGUGUCGUUUUCUCCAUUUGCCUUGGAAUUAGGUGGCACAGUGACGCGCAGUGCGAGCCGGUCAGCUCCUUCCUCCGGCAACUUCUUCCCCGUCGACGCACACGCAAAGAUCUGCCUUCGCUCCUUCAUCCCGUCGUCGAGCUUACCGCUAGUCUGUUGGUGUAGCCAGGUCCACAAGUGCUCCAAAUAGGUCUGUGGAUAUCGGAGAUUAGGUUCGCGAGUCGGUGGUUUGAAAUUCUCUCGAUGUUGAUUCGAUCGGAAAAGAAUUAUAGGCUUUCGGCUCUAAUCUUUACCUCUUCGAUUCUCCUGCUCUGCUGCUUUCCCGAUUUGACGCUUUCCGCUGUCGUUACGCUGGAUUCCAUGGAAAUUUAUAAAACUCACGAGUGGCUAAAGAGUUGGAAACCGACGGUGUACUUCCGCUGCAAUGGGGAGAACGAAACUGAGUUGCCUGAUGUCAAAGAAGUCAAUGUCACGUACAGCUUCAAUGGCGAUGAAUCUUGGCAGCCAUUGACAGAGCUUACCUCCAAGAAAUGCAAGCGUUGUGGGUUCUAUGAAAAGGAUAGCUUUAAAUCCGACGAUGUCUUUGACGAAUGGGAGUUCUGUCCUUCGAACUUUUUGGAUUCUGAUGGCAAGUAUCGGCGGGUCAAGGAGCACGAAUUCGAUGCAAGCUUUUUGUGCAAACAUUGCGUGCCUCUGGCAACUGAUUCGAGUGGAGACUCUAAUAGCUCACCUCCCAAGGGGAAAGGAAAGCAUGUUGCUGUGAUUGUACUGAUCUGCGCCCUAGUUUCCGCUAUGUUGAUUCUGGGGUCAGUUGCAGCAUACAAGUACUGGCUAAGGAAGAAGAGGGAACAGGAACAAGCUCGAUUUCUGAAACUUUUCGAAGACGGUGAUGAUGUUGAGGACGAUUUGGAUAUGGAUACAUUAUAGAUGAAUACUCAGUAGCUUUCUUACUUUCCUGUACAGAUAACGUUGCAUUUUACGUGAACUGGACGCUAACAGAGCAUUGAUUAUUCAAGCAUAAAUCUUCAUUUCUUCAGUGACUGGUUGAAGUUAUC